AUUGGUAAAUUUAAUAAUACAGAGGUAUUGAAAAGCAUUCUCUCAGAACAUCUCAGGUCUCUCCAACUGUGGUGGCUCAGUAGCUCAUCUUUUUCCUUCUUGUUUAUUUUUAAAUGCACUUCAGAACUAAACCAGAGCCGCAUGGUAUAUGGUAGAGUAACAUGGUAGAUGGACUUUUGUGUCAAAAAUAAUGUUGGUGAAAAAGACAUAGAAAUUUAGUCUGAAAAGAUACAAUUAUUUAGCUUAUGAAUCUCAGUUCCAGUCCUGAAAUCAACUACUAAGUUAUGUAACUGAUUCUUUUCAUGUUGUGUGAGGUUGCCAGGGUUGCAGUGGCCUGUUUGUGAAAUAUGAAUAACAAAAUAUAAAAAUAUGUAUGUGGGUCUGCACAUUUGUGUAGUCUUGCCAAUUUUUGACCCUGUAAUUGGCAUGGAUAUACAGUACUAGCCAUACAGGGAGACCACUGGAAAGUGAAAUUAAUUUAACAGGUUGUAUUUUUUUGAUAUUAUGCAAGGAAUUGUGGAAAACUGCAUUACAACACAUUGUUCCCUACAGUUUCCUGUACGAUAGGGCCUCAAAAAUUUUCAGAAUGUCCCUAGAAAGUGUUUAUUUUGAUAUAGCUGCAAAUAAGUGUAUACAGAUAGUGAUCAUAACAAACACAUCUUUUCCUUUAGAUUAUAACAAGUAUUGAAAUGUAUAAGAUGUAAACAUGUUCAGAAUAUAAAAGCUGAAAUAUUUGUGUUUUAAUAUUUCAAUUCUUAUAUAUUUGUGUCUAACAUUUUCUGAAUAGCAUGCAUCAUACAAAUGAUGCCUUGUCAUUGUACCUGCUCUUUGUGUGUUUUUUGGUCUAAUAUGCUGUAGUUACUGACAAAAUCAAGUUUGAACUAUGGUGAGAAUUAUAGAGCUAGGAAAGGUACACAGGAGAAAACUGUAUUUUAGUUUCUCCUACCACAGACAUAGUCACUACGUUGCUAGCCAGGUUCUGGUUUCAGAAUACUUUUUGUAGAUAAACAGAACAGAAAGAAUGCAGCUUGAUUUCCAAAUACUAGGCUGAGUAUGCAUUGAUAGCAAUUAGAAAAGGAUUGCUUUGAAUUACAAAUUGAGUAAAUGGGAUAUUUGGGAAUGAAAUAUAUGGGAAUAAGAACAAACAUGAGAUAACAGUAUUUAAUAGUCACUUUUCUGAUCAUACUCGCAUUUUCAAGAGACCUACAAUAGCAAUAUUUCAUUUACUAAAGUAAAUAGAGAUAACCUUCAAAACUUUUAACAAUAUGUCAAAUCUGAAAAUCUGAUUCUCAUAAUUGUUUUAAAACUGCUUUAUUACCCACUUGCAUAGUUAAUAUACAUCCAAUUAUUGGUAUGUAUACAGAGAAUUCUCUUGAGUGAAAUUCCUGCAAAAUUACCUGUUCAAUCCAUAAGAAUAGCAGAAAUUCAUCAUGAUUAAUGUAGCAAUGAAUAUCAAAUUGAUAUCCACUGAUAAUGACUUAAGAUGUUAUAAAACAUUUACAUUUUAAUUUUGAUUCAUAUAAUCUAAAAUAUAAACAUUUGUGAAUAUUUGGAACACCAGCUAUGGAAUGACAUUACCUGUAGAAUCUAGCUGUGCUGUCCAGUAGUAAAAAGAAGUUAUUUUUAGACAUGUAGUUUUAUGAACUGACAGUAUUUAAAUGUUUUAUCUAAAACAAAUACAUUUCAGGACUGUUGUUAAUUAAAUAUAAUAAUUGUUGCCUUGUUAUUUAUUUGUUAUUUGCUUAUGACCACAGUGUUAAAAUUCACAAGAUAAAAUGUGUCUCUCUGAUAUUGCUCUGGUAACCUCAACUAGAGAAAAGUAGUGGUAGCAAGAGCGGAACUGCUAAGCAUGCCCACAUAAGAAUGUCAUACUUAGGUAACAGAGUGUCCCUCAGGUCAGCCUACGCUAAGAGCAAAGUCAAGCAAGGCUGAAUCCUUGAUGUUUUGUGUUUUAAGUAUCUGAAAAUUGUACACGACCAGCCUCGACCCACAAGACCUCAAAUGAUCAUAUGAGCGAGGCAAUAAAUUGAUGGUAACUUGCCCUGGGCCCAUGUUCUAGUUGUGGUGUUGAUGAAAGUUGCAUCUAGUGGUAACCUGUGCGUGUAGAUUCAGCUGUCUUUUCAGGCUUAAUAGUGGGGGAAAUCAUUACAUUUAAUUGCACUGAAGGGAAACUGACUAUGGUGGCUGAAAGUGCAUGGCUGAAAAGCUCUGCAUCUUAUCAAUGCGGUCAAGUGGAGAUGCUUGUGAAUACCAACAGAUCAAGAGAAUUGGGAAACCACUUGCUUUCCAAAACUCCACAGCUCAGCAAGAUCUUGGCAAUGCCAACAGUUUGUCAACCAGUGCUUAUCAACCCUUCAAAAAAUGGCCUUCCAGCCUGGGACAGGCUGGUACAUCUUUGUGACAGACAUCUACAAAAUUCCAUUUGUGAUAUAAUAGAAAAUCACUUGUGUAGGAAAAGACAUUCCAGAAAUGAUAUGCUGGGAAAUGGACAGCAAUCUUCACAGUUUCUACAUGCUUCAGUUUGGACUAGCUCAAUAUUACAUCCAGGUCAUACAGAAGUGAAUAUUCAAGGCAUGUCAAGUGCCCAGGAGUACGAUAGAGAAGAAAAAAAAUGUAAAGGAUACAUACCCAGUUACUUAGACAAGGACGAGCUAUGUGUGGUAUGUGGUGACAAAGCCACUGGGUAUCACUAUCGCUGCAUCACUUGUGAAGGAUGCAAGGGAUUUUUUAGAAGAACCAUUCAGAAAAAUCUCCAUCCAACCUAUUCCUGUAAAUAUGAAGGAAAAUGUGUGAUAGACAAAGUGACAAGAAACCAGUGUCAGGAAUGUCGCUUCAAAAAAUGCAUCUAUGUUGGCAUGGCAACAGAUUUGGUGCUGGAUGACAGCAAGCGGUUAGCAAAAAGGAAGCUGAUAGAAGAAAACCGAGAGAAGAGACGUCGGGAGGAGCUACAAAAAACAAUUGGGCACAGACCCGAGCCAACAGAUGAGGAAUGGGAGCUGAUCAAAAUUGUCACUGAAGCGCAUGUGGCCACCAAUGCACAAGGAAGUCACUGGAAACAAAAAAGGAAAUUUCUGCCUGAAGAUAUUGGGCAAGCACCAAUGGUUAAUGCCCCAGAAAGUGGGAAAGUGGAUUUAGAAGCUUUCAGCCAGUUUACAAAAAUUAUCACACCAGCAAUUACAAGAGUGGUGGAUUUUGCCAAAAAGUUGCCUAUGUUUUGUGAGCUGCCAUGUGAAGACCAGAUAAUCCUUUUGAAAGGCUGCUGUAUGGAGAUCAUGUCCCUCCGAGCAGCAGUGCGCUAUGACCCUGAGAGUGAGACUUUAACACUAAAUGGGGAGAUGGCAGUGACAAGGGGCCAGCUGAAAAACGGGGGUCUCGGCGUAGUGUCUGAUGCCAUCUUCGACCUGGGCAUGUCGCUGUCUUCAUUUAACCUGGAUGACACAGAGGUCGCCCUGCUGCAGGCUGUGCUGCUCAUGUCCUCAGAUCGUCCAGGUCUCCUCAGUGUUGAGAGGAUAGAAAAAUGUCAAGAAGGUUUCCUCCUGGCCUUUGAACACUACAUUAAUUACAGAAAACACCACGUUGCACACUUUUGGCCAAAACUGCUGAUGAAAGUGACAGAUCUACGAAUGAUUGGAGCCUGCCACGCCAGCCGCUUCCUUCACAUGAAGGUGGAAUGCCCCACGGAACUCUUUCCCCCUUUGUUCUUGGAAGUGUUUGAAGAUUAGAAAGACUGGAGUGGUUCUCAGAAUUCCUAUAGCACUACUGGCUGUCAUUUCAUUCCAUUGCCUAGCUCUUCUUCUGUUCUUUUUGGUUUGGUUUGUUUGUUUCUUUUUUUUUUUUUUUUUUUGGAUAGACAUGGAUGAAAAUGUCCCUUUUAUGCGGGUACUUGUGACUAUUGCAUUUUGUCCUUCAGUCCCUUGAUAUGAAUGCUUUGACAGCUUAACAGUGAAAACACAAACAAACCAAUCUCGAUCACCAGCACUUAAGUGGUCACCAGCUCACAUCCAUAACUGCUUGGGGAAAUGGGGAGUUAAAAUGGAAGUGGCAGAAAAUAAACAGGCCUUCAGGGCAAAGCACUUUGCCCUGCCUUUUUCCCAGUAUUACCUCAUUUUGCAAGCCAAAAGUGAGAUACAGUGUCUAGUUUUCCAUGGUCAUUCUAAGUGUAACCAUUACCAUUGUGACCUAAGAAUACCAUCAUCACUGUGAUUGCAUCACAUCUUUGGGAUUAUUACAUGGAUCAUAAAUAUCUGUGUCCUCUACAAUCAAAUCUUUUUUCAAAUACACAGUGGGAAGGAGGGGUUGAUAUAUUUUUUUCAUUUGUACAAAAUGAAGGCAAAAUCCUUCAGCCUUUGCUCAAUUAAAACUCUAGAUGACUUCAGUGGCAGGUCUACUGGAAUAAAGACUGUGGGCUUGAUCCUGUGAGGUGUUGAGCUCUUCCAACAGGAGCUGGGAGCCCUCAAUUCAGGUUGGCUUCAGGAGAGGAAGUGAAGGGGGAUGUCACAUCAACAUCCAAGUGGCACUGGAAGGGGUGGGCACUUGGCAGGUCUCGGUAUGCACUCAGCACUCUGCAGGGAUGGGUCUUUUAUCCUGACUGGAGGAUUUGCCCAGGGUUAUGCAAAGAUACAAAUGAUCACAGGGAGGAAAAAAUGAUUAUGAUGAACUCCAAAUAGGAUAGAAACCUACCCUAUUACUAGUUAUGCGCCAGACUGUACAGCUUUAUCCCAGUAACAUGUAGAGUAUGUCUUGAGAGUAAUUUCUGAUAGAUUAAUACAAAGGAAACUUCAGCAUCUGUCUUAAGCAUAUUGCCAUCUUUUUGUACCUUUUUUUGGAGCAUUUUUAUUUUGAUUGGCUAGAUUCUCUCUCAAUUCCCUGAAAUCAUUUAUUUUUAUUUACUGCAUUAGUAGGAGCUGAACUGCUAGAGGAUGUCUUGCUGCUGAAAUCUGCCAGCCAGCACUCCUGGCACUCAUUUGGGCCUUUUUCAAGGGCAUUAUGAGUAGAGAGUCCUCUGUUUCCUCCAUCCUCAUCACAGGGUGAUUGUCUCUGAAGUUUUAUAAACUCCAGGCCAGGUAAGUCUCCUGGUUUAUCUAUAAGUAGGAUACAUCAGAAGGAUCAUCCUCUUCCUGGCAACAGAAAAGAUUUAGUACUGCCUCUCUCUAUUGCAUUGUGCAUUCACAUAUCAAUACAUAAAGACAGAAAGAAGUAUCUUUUCCUGCCCAACUAGACGGGCAUUCUUAUAGCUGGACAUUCAAAGCUAAAGGCCCUAAUCUAACCCUAGGUGUUUGACUCAUGAAAUUGUGGUACUAGGAAAACUUUCAUUGUGGGCAAAACACCAGGGGAAUUUUGAAAUGAUUUUCACUCCUGCUGGAAUGUGAAGAAAGCAUUUGGAAUACUAAGGGUCACAUUUUCAGCCAGGCUGAAUCCCUGCCUCCAUGUUUAUUGGUGCAAUUUGCAUCUAGACCUGCAAUGAGUUGUGAGCAUUAAUCUUAGUAGGAACAUAUUGGACUUCUAAGAUUUGUGCCCACAAUUCCUUGUGGGUGUAAAACACCCAGCUGCAUUUUUUGCAGGCACAAGGGAAGCCAGGCCACUGGAAAUUUGUUCUUAAAUGUUUGUUUUUUAUCUGAGGUUAAAAAAAAAACCUGUUGUUGGCUCCCAUUCCUCCACCUCAUCCCAAGGCAAAUGUUUGAAUGAUACCAUUUUCCAGAUUGUUUUGCAGGAAAACCCAGAGUAUGUCAUGGGGUCAGGGACAUCAUCCAGAAUACUGGGGGGUUAUACUUAGAAACAAAACCGAUACAAAAUAAUGAGAAUUAUGGGUUUCGUCCUGCAACUCUUCCUCAGAUGUGCAGUCUCAAGAAAGUCACUUCGUAGUGUGAGAACUGCUUACACGAGUUAGGGCUUGCAUGAGCAGAUCCUGACUGCAUACAUUAAAAGAAAAAUAAUUGCACAAAUUUUAAAAUCAAAUUAGUUAAAAUGACAGAUAUCUGUAGAAAUUAAAUAAAAUAGUUGAUCCAUUUCUUGCUUCUGUUUUCCAGAUCUGGUAAGCAAAAAUAAAUGAAACGUACAAACCUUUUAGAGCUGUAUUCUGCCCUUAAUCUUCAUGGGAAAUUCCCACUGAUGCCAGUGAGAACCCACACAUGCUCCUAAGGCUAUUUAUGACUAAAUUAGUGUACAAAAAUUUGAUCAUGCUGCAGGUGAAAGAGACAGAAAAACAUUCUUCUUCCUGGAAGGUAUCAGUAUUGGCAACUCACAAUUUUAUUGCCAGUCUUGAGAUAACUGCUGUUUUUCUUAUAGCCCUGCUCUGGAAAUCAUGUUGUUACAUGAUUUUAAAAAAAAGUUUCUGGUGCUUUUGGUUGUAGAAAAAAGCUUGAAAAUGUGAAACCCAAAUGUUCAAAAUUUAGAAGGCAAAUAAGAACUCGACAAUUUAGAACUCUAUUUUUAAGCCAAUCUUGUGAUUUUAGGGGCCUGGCUCAUGAUUUUUGAAGCCUUGUGAUUGGCAACACUGAGAUAUUCAAAGUAAUAGCAUAGAAAAGGUAAGAGUUGUACAAAAAACAAAAACAAAAAAGAUUAGUUAUCUGACUCAGGAAAGCUUCAUCAGUCUGAUCCAGCACUGAGAAUAAACACUUCAGAGGCUGGCUGCUGUUAAAAUAGCUACUGCUACUGUCCCCAUUAAAUGAAACAAGCAAAGCAUGGAGGUUUAAAAGUGUUAGAUUUAGUAGAUUACAUGAAUGAGUGCCUGGAAUUAGGCACCUAAUUUGUAUUUAAAUGUCUGAAUAAGUGGCUGAAUUUCCAAGAUGUUGACUUAAUUGGGAGCUGUAACUACUCAGUA